CUGGACUGAUUUAAGUAUUUAUUUCAAAAGAUGUUACUGUUACCAUUUUUCAAAGUUAAUCAAGGAUAUUUUUAUCAGUAUUUCGCUACCCUUGCUGGUGCUUUCUCAGUCCUAAGCUCGGGCAUAAACUUAGGAUGGACUUCACCAUUUUUACCAGAGCUAUUGUCGCCCAAUUCCACUAUACCGACAACCACCGAUGAAGGUUCCUGGUGCGCCGUGGCGCCUUUAUUGGGCGCACCACCUGGUGCCAUCAUAGCAGCAGUUUUAGUGGACAGACUGGGAAGGAAAACCACCACACUUUUGAUGGCACCUUGGGUGUCUUUAUGCUUUAUUGGAAUCGCUUUUUCCUACAAUAUUUGGCAGAUUUUUGGUUUGCGGUUUUUUAUCGGGAGUGUUGAAGGUGCUUUAUACACAGUGUUGCCCAUGUAUGUGGGAGAAAUUUCUGAUCCGAAAAUCAGAGACUUUUUGUCUUCUACCAUUAUAAUUGCUGGUAUUACUGGAACAUUAUUUAUUAAUAUUAUUGGGUCGUUUUUUGAUAUUUACACUUCAAGCCUUAUAUGCUCAGUAAUACCUUUGAUUCACAUGUUGAUGUUUAGCUUCGUGCCUGAAUCCCCUUAUUAUUUUAUUAAAAAAGGGAACCUAGUUGAGGCCAAAAAAAGCUUGCAAAUACUAAGAGGCAAAUUUGAUGUUGAUCAAGAAUUAGACUCCAUAGUCAAAGCAGUAGUGAGGCAAGAAAGAACCAAAAACCAAGCAGGAUUGCUGGAUAUAUUUACAAUAAAAAGCAAUAGAAAGGCUUGCAUUAUAUUUGUAAUAGUUUGCAUGACAAACAAGUUCUCAGGCAAAAACCCUUGCAUGUUCUAUACCGAAAUGAUUUUUAGAGAAGCUGGCAGCAAAAUCGACGCUACACUAUCAGUAAUACUUUACUGUAGCGUUGAACUAGUAGCUGUAGCAAUAACAACCUUUUUCAUUGUACACAAGUUUGGCAAAAGAAAACUCCUAAUAACCUCAGCCCUAGGCUGCUCAAUCGCAGUCCUAGUAUUAGCAAUAUUUUUCUUCCUCAAAGAUUUCGGCAUUGACACCGACGUAGUGUUUUGGUUACCAAUCACAGCUCUGGUGUCUUACAAUAUAAUGUUCAGCGUAGGCCUGUCGUUCGGUAUGGUGACAGUUUUAUGCGAACUAUUUCCGACCAACAUCAAAGCUAAAGCGUUGUGCAUCGCCGACACGUAUUCGGUACUAAUGGGGGCGAUCGUCUCGAAGAUUUUUCAAAUAUCGGUCGAUGUAGCUGGUUCAAUGUCGUACCCUUUUUUGUUUUUUUCUAGUUGUACUCUGGUGGGGUUUGUUUUGAUUGUUAAGUAUAUGCCGGAGACUAAGGGGAAGAGUUUGGAGGAGAUUCAGCAAUUGUUGAUCGGGCAAGCGCAGUAUUCUUCGGAGUUGACUGUUGGACACAAUUCGUUUAUUUAAUAGGGGUUUGUGUUGUGGUGCAUUAUUUGUGAGACUGAAUAAAUAAAUUGUUUUUGUAGAAAUUUAGUG